AUGACUGAAGGUCCCCGACAACAACAUGAGAAGCCGAUGUGUGUGAGAGUGUGGCUGGAGGUAGGGCACUCAAGUGAGCCCCGGCGCGCCGCCUCUGGCCGGGCGCUUGCCCUCGACUGGAGUUUGUUCGUGCGAGGCCGUCGCGGCGCCGAUAUAAGUGCCUUUGUGCACAAGGUCGUCUUCGAUCUCCACCCGCCCAGCUCCUUCGUUUAUCCGAAAAGAGUGCUUCAAGAACCACCGUAUGAGAUCCAAGAGUCGGGCUGUUCAUCUAUAGACGUACCGAUUAACGUGUACCUGAAAUAUAGCACCAAGCCAAAGAAAAUCCGCCUCAGAUACAGCCUACACAUCGAGAACGACAACGAGGCUAGCUCGGAGACGAGGUGCGUUUAUUACGACCUGAACAACCCUUCGGAGCAACUUUAUAACGCCUUGAUGAAGGGCGGCGGCGAAGUUAUCGCUCGAACGAGCGCAUCGAACGCUGGCAACAAACUAGUCGUGCUAUUUUCUGACGAAGAGAAAAAAGACUUGCGGAUGCACAGAUCCAAACGAUAUAAAUUCAUCGAGCCGGUUCGCUGUAAACACGCGCCAAAAGUCACCAAAUACGUUUUAGAGGAGAUAUGCUCUAAGUGCGGAGACUCCAUUAAUGCCGAAUUCAGAAAACAAUUACGCGCUGUCGACAUGACGCAGGAAGAAGUUGAUCGCGUCUCGCAUUUGUAUUUAUCAUUCAAUAGCUAUGAGAAAUCUAUGAACGCAAUUAAGUUGCCCCCGUUUUCAGACCCUAUUUAUAGGAUACCUGAACUUCCGAAAUCUUUACGUGGUGCACUUAGUGAUUUGAAGAGUGACCGCACAGUUUUAUGA